CCCUCCCUCCCUCUCCUUCCGCCAUCUUAUAGAUCCCGACACAUUCACUCAUAACUCGACGCGCACAUCAUGUACCGACCCAUCGUUCUUCUCCUCUCACUCUGCGCCCUUCUCUGUGCGCUCGCUCCCAUCCGCGCAGCCGCGGCGCUCACCAACGCGGAGCGCCUCAGAAGGAACAUGCCACCGCUCCCGCCCGUGCGACGGUCGGGCACCCCCGUCUACGCUGCGAAGCGUGGAGGACCGUCGAACACGCCUCUACCCUCAGGCACCAUCCAGGUUCGCAACACGAACGGUAGCACUGUCGGAUACAUCUCAAAGAACAACGCCACCGGUGUCAACUUCGGUUCGGCGGACAACGAUCUCAAGGUUCAGUUCUUCAAGGGCAACCUGCGCGCAACCAACGCGGACUUCUACAUUGGCGGGAACGGUACCAGCAGCAUCGGUCCUGGAUCCUAUGACACCGUCGCCUUCGGCGCCAUCCAGAAAGGUCCAACCUCCUCCAUCUGGUCGCUCGAUGUUGCGACCGGCAACCUCACAGCCCAAUGGGUCGACGCGGACAACACUAAGCCCACGACGACCGUCGCGUUUGACUUGCGGAACAACUUCCUGGUGCUGACGGGCGACCUGGCGGCGUACAACGCGCACGCGUCCUUCCCCGCCUCGGCCGUGUGGCUCUUCCUAACCGCCUGAGCCGGAUAUCAUACGAACAUCGACCUCUCAAGGUCAGACUUUAGUAGCAAUGCAUCCCGACACUGGAAUGAUCUCGAUGACGCUGUUACGGACGAAAUGACACUCGGACUAUCGGACCACUGGACUUUCCUCUCCCCUCUUCGCUUCCACCUGUGUUUUGUUCACUCUAUCUCUAGGACCCACCUACCUACCUACCGAGUAGGACUGUGUAGAGGGACCAUCGAACGCCUCGGCGAAAUCUAAAUCAUGUACGGCUGGCUCAUGUAUCUUUGCCCUCUUCGUUCACAAGCAUAGACUAUCUACAACCCGAAUUUACUCACGCACAUACGCACAUACGCACGCAGCACAUGCCUGCGCGUCGAACUAUCGCUGUUUUCUAUUGGAUGCUCUUGGCGUACGAGUAUUGCAAUCGCACGACCCCUGCCAUACAAUAU